AUGCACGACAGACCUCCACCGGCGGACGAGGACUAUGUCGCGCCUGCAGCGGGGCUGGCGAUCCUUCUGCUCAUUAUCACAUACCUCGCAUGGAAGACGGUUGCGUUCUUGAGGCCGAGGAAUCAGCAUUCCUUGCGCUCGGUCGCGAUACUCGUUCUAGGGGACAUUGGACGCAGUCCGCGCAUGAUGUACCAUGCUCAGAGCUUCGCAGAGUGCGACUUUGUUACAGAUGUGAUAGGGUACAACGGCUCUAAAGUGAUCCCCUCACUCGAGAGGCUGCCGAAGGUCCAGCUCCAUCAUCUAGCUGAGCCCCCAAGCUGGCUGCGGCACUUCCCCUUCAUUAUCACUGCGCCCUUCAAGAUCUUCCACCAAAUUCUGACCAUACUCGUCGUCCUCAUCGUCGACAUCGAAGAAGCCCCCGAAUUCCUUCUGGUACAGAACCCGCCCAGUAUACCGACCUUGGCUCUGGCAUGGCUCGUCGGCCGCAUCCGAGGCAGCAAGGUCAUCAUCGACUGGCAUAACCUGGGGUGCAGUAUCCUUGCGCUCAAGCUGGGCGAAAAUCACGUCUAUGUGCGCAUAUCGAAAUGGUUCGAGCGCUACUUCGGGCGCACCGCCUAUGCACACCUCUUCGUGACCCAAGCUAUGCGAGACUACCUCGUCAGGGAGUGGGAGUUGCAAGGCCACAAAAUCGUCCUCCACGACAUGCCUCAUGGCCAGUUUCACCGCGCCACGCCGCAGGAGAUACACGACGUGCGCUUGCCUUCCCGCUCCCUCCCUCCGCGACUUCCUCCCCAAGUCCUCCACACCGUCGCGCAGCCGACCUUCACCGAGAUCGCGCCGCCGCACCUGCGCCGCGACCGCCCCGCGCUGGUCGUGAGCAGCACGAGCUGGACCGCGGACGAGGACUUUGGCGUGCUGAUCGAGGCGCUGGGGGCGUAUGAGGGGAUGGCGAGGGCGGCGAGUGAGGGGAUGACGAGGAAGGCGAGUGAUGGGAAGGCGAGUCCGCUACCCAAAAUCCUCUGCAUCGUCACCGGCAAGGGCCCCCUGAAGACGGAGUACAUGCGGCGGGUGGGCAAGCUGCAAGCCAACUGGCAGUGGGUGCGGUGCGUGAGCUUGUGGCUGGAGGCGGAGGAUUAUCCGUUGUUGUUGGGCGCCGCCGACCUGGGCGUAUCCCUCCACACGAGCUCCUCCGCGCUCGAUCUGCCGAUGAAAGUCGUGGACAUGUUCGGCGCGGGGACGCCGGUGUGUGCGUUGGAUUUUGCGUGCAUCAGCGAACUGGUCAAGCACGGCAAGAAUGGGCUCGUGUUCAAAACGAGCGAGGAGCUGGCCGAGCAGAUGAAGGUGUGUUCGCACGUUCGAUUUCCUCGGCCUGCCUAUCAGGCUGGAUUGGUGGGCAGGGCGCAAGGGGCGUCUAUGUCACGGGCAGAGUCGACCAUCGACGAGCAGGUCGAGGACGAAUGGGAGUGGUCCUCCUGGGACGUGAACUGGGCGAAGAAAGUGCGGCCGUUGCUGUUGUGGGACGCGCUCGGGCCGAAGGUAAAGUAG